AUGAGCGACAGACACGCGGCAAAAGCAAACCACCUCGGAACUGCAACCAUCGACGGCCACGGCCGACUUCAGGUGGGUGAUACCAUCAUCCACAAUUAUAACGGAUCACAACGCAAUUGUCUCGCCGAUUUGCUACUGGUCGAUUCUCGGGAUGAGAAGACGCGUAUCGAAGAUACAAAAGGUGGUCUUAUCAAGGAAUCAUACCAGUGGAUUCUAGACCAUGAUGAAUUCCGCCAAUGGCGAGACGACAGGAAAAGCCGGCUGCUCUGGAUCAAGGGUGACGCUGGAAAAGGCAAGACAAUGCUGCUGUGCGGCAUCAUCGACGAGCUAUCCAAGUCACAAGCGCAGCCCCUUUCGUUCUUCCUUUGCCAGGGAACCGCACGAAACCUAGACAACGCCACUGCCGUCCUGUGA